AUGUCGUGGAAUCAUACACCCCCGCCACUCAGCCCUAGAAGGCCGAAAGUUCAACAAUCUUGGGAGGGAACGCCCACGAUUAGCCUCUAUGAUUCAAGUCGUGAAUUUUUCGAUAGCAGCCAAAACAUGCAAAAGACGGGAUCACCGAUACAAAACCAAAUGAUCCGAAAAAGUCCCACGAGUCAAGUCAAAAAAUUGAAUUAUGGAAAAUAUUGUCUGCCAAAUCCAAGACAUCAAAUGUCAGAUCCGGGUAGCUAUUACAGCAUGAUUUCAGCAGUACCGAAUUCUCCAAAUUCCCCUGCCUCUCAAACGUUUGAUAUGGAACUUUCAGUAACGCCCCAACACUCUCGAACUCCCUUAAAAUCAGUCGGUACAAAUCGUCGCUUCUAUGACGAUACGACAACAACAUCAUCAGAUUCAGCACCCGCUACUCUUGUCUCGUCUUCAUCAUCUUCAUCACCACCAAGAAAAUAUGAAUUUGGUGCUGUCAGCCCCAAGCUGGAUAAUCCAGGUAUGCAUUAA